UCGCUUAUAUCGCGCAAUUCUUCGUAUCGCUCGAUUUUCCUGUCACGUUUAUCUUGUACUUAUCAAGUGUGACACUAUACGCAUGAAAAAUUAUAUGGUAUUGCAAGAAAGAAAAGAAGAAAAUAACAUAAUACUCCUAAUGCAACGUGAGUUAGGGGUGGGACAUAUGUGGACGAAUAUCACUUGUGUCACCGUAGUGAUUGACGUUUCGCGAAGUACAAUUUCUGCGUACGUCUUCUUUUUCUUCUCUCCAUCAAUGAUAAAUAGAAAAUGAAGGGACGAGAUUGGCAUGCGUUUUUCCGACAGCCUAUGAUUAUCUAGACAUUGUUAGCGUAGACGUAGUAUAUUAUUAGCGGAUACGCGCAAUAUAGUAUCUGAAUAUAGGAGACUGUUCGGAAAAUAUCAGCUGGAUCUUGAGGGAAAUUGAGGGAACUCGACAUUCACGAUGCAAAAUCACGGCGGAGAGAUGCAAUCGGCCGUAAAAUAUUAUUACAAUAUUAACAAGAUCUUCAUGUCGAAACUCGGUACUUGGCCGACGCAAAGUAUAUUUGAGAAGACACUGUUACCGGCCAUAUUUACAAUAUUUGUUGCCAGCAUCGGUUUUCUUGAGCUUGUAAAAUUAUCGGAAGUAUGGAAAACAAAUCUGAUCGAGGACUGCGAAUCCUUAUUCAUUUUUCUGCUUGCAGUCGGCGCUCAUGUUAAAUUCUUCUUCAUAAUCAUCCAAAAUAAAAAUGUAAGAUUUCAUGAGAUGUAA